AAAAAACCAUUUGAUUUUUUAUAUAACAUGUUACCAUGCUGUGUAAUGUUUCAUACAACAAUAUUUCUACAUUAUUAUUUAAGAAUGAUUGUGCGUAAGGGUUGGUUUAUAAGUUGAUUGUUCUUCUAUAAAUCGACCAUGAUUGGCCAAUUUCUUACGGUUACGGUUAUUAUAAACCAACUUUAAUUGAUACGCUGCAAGCCUAAUUGGAAAAAUGCGCUUGAUCCACCCGAUCAGUAAAUUUUGUUGAUACAUGUGUAUGCCAUCAUUACCUACUGAAUCGGGUCUGCCACUGCCAGCCCCUGGUAGUGUCCGAGUAUGCAAUUCACAUACUGCGCUGUAUGUAUCUGCAACACCUUGUACAAAGAUUAAAAUCAACUCAACAAUAAAUUUACGUUAUGAUUUGUUACAUUACAUUACUGCUAUUGUGAAUAAUAGGAGAAGUGGUUUAAACAUGCCGUGCUGGUAUUAUGAGAAGAAAGAACUUCGCAACACACCAUCUAUUCAAGAUGGUAUCGAUUAUGAGACAGAAUGUAGAUAUCGAAAAGAAGGUGCUCGUUUUAUUAUAGACACUGGUACAAAAAUGGAUUUAGGUUAUAAUACAAUGGCAACAGGUGUUGUUUACUUUCAUCGAUUCUACAUGUUCCAUUCGUUCAAAAACUUUCCACGAUAUGUAACGGCUUGCUGCUGUUUACUCUUAGCUGGUAAAGUUGAAGAAACCCCAAAGAAAUGUAAGGAUAUUAUAAGGACUGCCAAAACUUUAGUAUCAGAACAAAAGUUUAUGACGUUUGGUGAAGAUCCCAAAGAAGAAGUAUUAACCUUGGAGAGAAUAUUAUUACAAACUAUUAAAUUUGAUUUGCAAGUGGAACAUCCAUAUAGUUAUUUACUAAAAUAUGCAAAAUGUCUAAAAGGUGAUAAGAACAAAUUGCAAAAGAUGGUUCAAAUGGCUUGGACAUUUGUCAAUGACAGUUUAUGUACUACUUUAUCGCUACAAUGGGAACCAGAAAUCAUAGCUGUCGCUCUAAUGUAUUUGGCAGGAAAGUUAAGCAAAUUUGAAGUGGUAGAUUGGGUUGGAAGACAACCGAAACAUUUACGCUGGUGGGAUAUGUUUGUUGAAGAUGUGACUAUGGAUCUUCUAGAAGAUAUUUGUCAUCAGGUACUGGAUUUGUAUUCACAAGCUAAUAAUACAAAACCACCAGAUUCGCCGCCUAUGAUACCAUCUAGCGAGGUGUGCAGAGAACGAUCCAUUAUUGCUACUACUACAGAAUCUGCAUCUAACACACCAAACGUUACACCUGGAAAGUCUUGUAAAAGCAUCGAAGCGUCAACGGUGUCUGCAAACGGAUGUCCUACUACAGAUGUCACGGAUACGAUAAAACCAAUAGAUACCUUGACACCACAUUUUUCCACAUACUCGACGAAUUUUACGUCCAACAAUACAAAUUAUCCACCGGCGUUUCCACCUGCAAACGUUUCGGUUCCUCCUCCUCCUGUAAAUACAAUGAAUCAUAUCGUGCCAACGAUACAUCAUAUUGGAUCAUCUGCUACUAUUCGUCCUACACCACCGUCGGCACCAUCUACCAAUCAGACCACUUUUCAACCAUAUUCUUACUCUACAAAUGCGUCGUAUUUUUCAGCGAAUAAUCCAAUUCCAUCAAGCGCACCGCCGCGUAAUUAUUAUCCACCACAACCAUAACAGAAAAUAAUGUAUGCCGCGUAUCCAUUAUAAAGUUGCAUCAAUAUUAUCUAAUGUAAGCUGCGUUACUAUCUUAAUUAAAAGUGAAUAUUAGGAUAGUGAAGAUAUUAAUUUAUCUGUAAAUACACACGUAUGUUGUACUUUUAUAUCUGUAUUCUGUUAUCAACAGAAUAUUAACUAAACAUGUAAACUCUUUUUUCUACUAUAAAUGAAAUAAUUUUUUUUAACUUUUUUAUUUAUAAAGUUCCAAUGUAUAAACGAAACAAAAUUUAAUAUUCGCUUAAAGCUCCAAUUUAUUUAGUGCAAUCAUGGAUUGAUAACAACAGAGGUAAGAAAAUAAACCAUAAUUCUUGCAACGUACAUUAAAAUAAAAAUGUUUUUCAAUAAAUUAGCAUUUGUAUAUA